AUGCUCGCUCGUGCUGCCGCCCGCGCGGUCCCCCAGACUCGCUCCGUCGUUGCCCGCCGCGGCUUCUCGACCACCCGCUCCCAGAUGAGCUCCCCCUACCACUACCCCGAGGGCGCCUACUCCAACCUUCCCUUCAACCCUAAGGGCAAGUGGUUCGGCGCUGGCUUCUGGACCUACUCCUUCGUCGGCUUCUUUGCCCCCUUCGGCAUUGCUGCUUGGCAAACCUACAAGCCCAAGGUUUAA